AUGAGUCCGCUGCCCUCUCCCAAUUUACGGCCUCCCGAUCUCCCAUUACCGCCUCCCAUUCUCCCCUUCAAACCUCCCCUUCUCCCCUUACCGCCUCCUUGCAUCCACACCUCCUCUCACUGCAUCCCCAUCUCCCCUCUCUGCAUCCCCAUGUCCCCAUUAUCUCCCUAUCCAACCCCAUUCCGCCACAUCCCUACCCGCAUCUCCGCUUCCCUCCCUUCCCUGCCUUCCCUGCCUUCCCUCCCUUUCAUCUCUUCCCUCCCAUCCUUCCCUUCCGUCCCGUCCCUCCCGUCCCUCCCUUCCCUCCCGUCCCUACCUUCUCUCCCUGCCCUCCCAUCUCUCCCUACGCUCCCUACCCUCCCUUCCCUUCCUUCCCUCCCUCCUCUCCCUUCCCUCCCUUCUCUCCCUUCCCUCCCUUCUCUCCCUUCCUGCCCUUCUCUCCCUUCCCUCCCUUCCCUCCCUUCCCUCCCUUCCCUCCCUUCCCUCCCUUCCCUCCCUUCUCUCCCUCCCCUCCCUUCCCUCCCUUCCCUCCCUUCCCUCCCUUCCCUCCCUUCUCUCCCUUCCCUUCUUCGCUCUCUUCCCUACCCUUGCAGCCUUCCCUCCCUUCCCUCUCUUACCUCCCCGCGAUUUCCCUUCUCUCUUCAUUUCGCUUCCCUCCUUCCCUCCCUUCCCUCCCUUCCCUCCCAUCCCUCCCUUCCCUCCCUUCUCUCCCUUCCCUCCCUAACAUCCCUUCUCUCCCUUCCCUCCCUUCCCUCCCUUCUCUCCCUUGUCUCCCUUCCCUCCCUUCCCUCCCUUCCCUGCCUUCCCUCCCUAACCUCCCUUCUCUCCCUUCCCUCCCUUCCCUCCCUUCCCUCCCUUCUCUCCCUUCUCUCCCUUCCCUCCCGUCCCUCCUUUCUCUCCCUUCCCUCCCUUCCCUCCCUUCCCUCCCUUCUCUCCCUUCUCUCCCUUCUCGCCCUUCCCUCCCGUCCCUCCUUUCUCUCCCUUCUCUCCCUUCUCUCCCUUCUCUCCCUUCUUCUCCUUCCCUCCCUAACCUCCCUCCUCCCCAUCUUCUCAACCCCUCUUCCCUUCCUUUCCCUGCAUCCCCAUCUUCCCGCCCUGCAUAACUCUCUCCCCUUCUUGCUUCCCCAUAUCCGCUGCAUAUUUCCCCAUCUCCCCUCACUGCAUCCCCAUCUCCCCUCCCUGCAUCCUCCCUAA